GUGGAUGCGGUCGGCCAGGUUGACGCGAUCGGGCUCGACAAGCCGCGCUGCAACCUCUGCAAGAAGCUCGGCCACACGGCCGACAAGUGCUGGUUCAAGGGCGAAGGUGGCGCCAAGGGCGACUCCAAGGGUGGCAAGGGCGAUGGCGGCAAGGGCGGAUCGAAGGGCGGACGCGGUGGCAACGCGCCGUCGAGUGACAAGGAUAAGACAUGCCACUACUGCAAGAAGAAAGGCCACAUCAAUAUCAACUGCUUCAAGUUCAAGAAAGAUCAGGAGGGCAGGAAAAAGGGUACUGUCACCAUCGUCGAGAAGGAGGCCGCCGAGGUCAACGUGAUGGUCGUGCCCAGCGAAGACGACUCUGUCGAGUGCGGCUUUUGCAUGGCGCUGGAGAGCGACUACGUCGACCACGACUCGGACGAGCACCAGGUGGACAUCGUCGACCACGACUCAGACGGGCACCAGGUGGACUACGUCGACCACGAGUCGAACGGGCACCAGGUGGGCUACGACGGUUGCGAGAGCUUCGGAGACCAGCUGGAGGACGAGUUCGCGUGCCACGCCUGCGACGACACGAUCAUCAUGGCCAUCGGCGACGGGGCCAAACUCAAGGAGUACGACGUUGACGACUUUCUGAUGCUGGAUGGUGGCGCUGACGAGCACUGUGCACGACGAAGCUUUGCGAGGCAUAGCGCAGUGGAGCCGACAUCGACCAGGCUGAUCGCCGCCCAGAAGCAGAAGAUCUCUCUUUAUGGUGAGGCCAUGGUUCCCUUCACGAUGGGGCGUCGAGUGGUUUGCAAGGCCAACUUCAAGGUCGGCCCCUUCGCUAGGAACCUACUCAGCACUGGCAGAGUCUAUGAUGCAGGUUUUGACGUGGUCUACUCGCACAAUGACGGGUGCUACGUUGGUUACUCCAAGCCUGACUGGAGGUAUGUCAAGAUCCCGAUGGUGCGAAGAAAGAACACGUUCGGGGUCCCUGCCAGCGCGCAGAAGGACCCCGAGGACGCCAGGGAUGUGGUCAAGGAGACCAAGCGGUUACUAGGCCGCUAUCCCGACCAGCAGUCGGGCAUCGUUGCCGCCAACGAGGACGCGGUGAUGAAGGACGAGGGGGCCGUCCAGGCUGAUGAAGCUGCAGCGCCUGUGCCCAUGGCGGAGGGUGCUGGGUCGGCUUCGUCGGGGUCUGGAGGGGGCGCCCCCGCUUCAGCCCCACCGGCGGCAGCCAGUCCGCCUGGGGGCCAGCCAGGGCCAGGGGCGGCCCCCCGCCCUGCGAGGGACCCUGAGGGAGCAGAGCUCGGGCCAGGUUCGCGAGUCGACCUGCUCCGACAGCGCUUGAAGGAGCUCGGGGCCGCGAUCUACGGCACGAAGGAGCAGUUGUGGACGAGGCUCAAGCAUGCUGAGCUAAAGCACAAGCAGGACUUGGACUUCAAGAAGGCGGUCGAGGAGCGUUACCAACAGCAAGUGGACGGCCAGCCUGUGACAGAGGCCAAGGUCGUCGAGGCUCCCUAUGCUCCAACGGAGGUUCAGAAGGAGCAACACGAGGCUGCUGGUCACGCGGUGUUCAAGAAGUGGUGCCCUGCGUGCGUGUUCGGACUGGGACCUCAGGACCCGCACGUCAAGCAGCCCGUGCACGGCAGUAAUGUCAGAGAGGAGCUGAUUUUCUUCGACUGGGCCUUCAACGGCACUAAGGACACGGACAAUCUCUGCGACGAGGCCGACAAGGGUCUCGGGACAUCUCUUGUGGCUGCAGAUCGCAGCACUGGUCUGCUCUACGGCACUGCGCUGGGGAGCAAGGCCGCAGACGAUCACACCGCGAAGCAGCUCAUGAGGUUCAUGAAGCAGCUCGCGCACCAGAAGCCAGAGCUCAGGUGCGACACGGAGCCUGCGGUGAAGGCUCUCCGGGAUAAGGUCGUGAACGCGAGGAACGAGGAGAACCUGGAGACCAGAGUUUCGCAGGGUCGCACGCGGGACAGCAAGUCGAUGGGCUGCAUCGAGACGCGGGUCCGCUGGUGGCGAGGCCGCUUGAAGGCCAAUAGGGUGCAGGUGGAGAUGAACUGCGGUAUCAAGUUCACGCCGCACUCCCCGCUCUGGCCGUUCCUCGCCCACCAUGCUGCAAACGUGACGAACUGGCACCCGCGAGGUGUUGGCGGCUAUACGGCUCACUUCGCGGUCUACGGCGUGAACUACACUGGAGCAGUGGUUCCCUUUGCUGAGACGGUGAUGGCGAGGGUUCCAGUCAGCAAGACGGGCCAGCGACGUUCGAUGGGAGGUUUGGUUCCCAGGCUGACCAAGGCGGACACUGCCUGGGCCAAGGGGAUCUGGGUCGGCAAGACGACCAACAACGACGAGCACAUCACCCUGACGAGUGCUGGCAAGGUGACCUGCAGGGCCGUCCGCAGGAUGCCCAAGGGGGGGCGCCACGACAAGGAGCUCCUCCUGAAGGUCUGCGGCGAGCCCUGGAGGGAGAAGGUCGCGCACAUGCCUCGGUCCCUCGUCAUGGACGGCGGCCGGGGCGAGGUCGCGCCGACGCCGCUGGAGGCCAAGACGGGACGCUACGAGGGCCCGAUCGUCGGGGCCAUCGAGGGCAUCAGCGAGGCGCUGGACUACAAGGCCCUCCUCGCGGCCGAGGAGCUCACGCACUGGGACAGCAGCGGCUUCCCUCAGGAGGAGGCGGCUGAGGCGCUCGACAAGGGCUUAAAGCUCGACAAGGGCUCGACGUCCCUGGCCAGCCGCAUCAUUGACUUCCUCAGCCAGAAGGACGAUGAUGAUCCAGAUGAUCGACUGGUGGUUGCGGUUGGCGACGUCUCGGGCGCGUACUAUCAGGUUCCUGAGAAGGAGGAGUUCUACUGCGACCCGCCACCUGAGUGGCUAGCUGCAAGGGCCAAGGCUGGUCUUAGCACGGACGUGGUCUGGAAGCUCGAGAAGCAGCUGCCUGGCAGGAGAGCUGCGAGCAGGGAGUGGAUCAGCUUCGCGGCUGAGCGCCUCCUGGAGUGCGGCUUCGAGCGCAACGAGGCUUGUCCGCAGUUCUACCGCAAGACGAUGACGAGGCUGGGCCUGGAGCUGCACAUGGACGACUUCUACUGCACGGCCCGCAAGAGCGAGGUCGAGAGCUUCCUUCCGAUGACCAGGGCCAAGCUGAAGUUGAAGGACAGCGACGUCGUCACCGAGGGCCGCGUUGAGUAUUUGAAGCGGACGAGGAUCAAGACGGACGAGGGCAUCUUCGCGCAGCCUCACGAGAAGCACGCCCUCAACAUUAUCACGGAGCUAGGGCUGAAAGGGCAUCGUUCGUGCGUGGGGAGUGGCCUCUACCUGGCGCAAGAUCGCACCGACAUCCAGCGGGCCGCGGGGAUGCUGGCAUCUGACCUGGCGGCACCUACGGUUGACAUGAGGAUCUGCAAGAAGGGCGUGGCCCACUUGAGGAGUUUCUCCGGCAGUAACCACGGAGGCAAGGAGGCGAAGCGCAAGAGCACGACCUGCGGGGUUCUGUAUGCUGAUGGUGCGGCGUUGGCGACGCUAGUGAGGAGGCAGGACUUGAUUGCAGUGAGUUCUGGAGAGAGCGAGUUCUACGCGCUGAGCACUGUGCCCAUGGGCGGCAAGAUGCUCAGGGGUGUGCUCACAUGGUUCGGGUUUCGUGUUGAGUGGACCUUGGAGACGGACUCUUCAGCAGCUCGCGCGAUGUCCUUGAGGCAGGGCGUCGGGGGGGUCCGCCACCUGGACACGCGAGCACUCUGGGUCCAGCAGGUCACGCGCAUGCUUGGGCUGAAGGUGCUGAAGUGCAAGGGUACCGAGAAUCCCAGUGACAUUGGGACGAAGCCACACACAUCCGAGGUUCAUGAGCAGCUCUGCAAGCAAGUGGGACUACGCCGACUCAACGGAGAUUUGGGAGCUGUUCGCGAGGUCGAGGUGAACGCUGUGAUCGAGAAGCUGGGGCGGACAGCUCGUGGCACGCAGUGCGGUGGGAGGAUCGCGAGCAGCCCGAGCGUCAACACAACGAUCCUGGCCUUGUGUAUGGCCCUGCAAGCUCAACGAGGAGAAGGAGUUCAAGAUGGAGGUGGUGCUGGAGGCACUGAUGACGACAAUCGCGAUUUCAUGAUCGUGCCCGUGAUGCUGCUGCUCAGCUGGGUUUUCACCUUUGCGCUGGGCUUCCUGACGGCAAUCUGGGCACUGCGGGGGCGCAUUGCCCGUGCGCCUCAGGCGCCCAGGGCGAGCUCCUCAUCGGGAGGAGAGUGCGACCCAGAGGCCAUGACAAAGAUGAUGAACGGGAGCUGGGUAUUCCACCUGCCUGAGACUGACAGGACGGUGCGCCAGAGCAGGCGACGCCGAGCUCCCGAGGGAGUUCUCUACGUGGAGCGGCGCCUGGUGGCGCGCCGCAGGUGUGAGGUGUGCUUCGCGAAGAAGCAU